AUGCUCUUUGAACCAACGAAAGUACUAAUUAGUGCUUUAUGUCCAGAAGAGAUAAGAAAAGAAAGUGUUGUUCCGAUAAGGGAUGGGGGUGAUUUUGAUGAGUUAGGACAUCCGAUAGAGAAUUCAGUUUAUGAUUUACGUCUAGGUGCGACUAAAGAAGCUAAUUGUCGGACUUGUGGGUUGGGAUUACGAGGUUGUCCUGGCCAUUUGGGACAUAUUGACUUGCCUUUGCCUUUGUACAAUCCAAUGCAUUAUGAUAUGUUGUGUAGGUUACUGGGACGUAUGUGCUGGGGGUGUAAACGGUUUAAGAUGGGUCGAUUGGCUAGUCGGGGGUAUAGCUUGCAAAUUGCUGCUGUAGAGAGGAGUAGGGAAGAUUUAGUAGAGGAGAUUAAGUUAGCUAUUAAAUCGGAAGAUGAGGAGAAGUUACAGGAAGUAAGUACAUUAUUGCAGGAGGAGUGGAUUAAGCAAGUGGAUGGAGAAGAAGGGAGUAAAAUGCAGUGCCGGAAAGAAACAGAGUUAGGUCGGAGUAGAGCAGCCGGUCUACGUAAGAAAGUCUUACGUGAAAUACUUAGUCAGCAACUCCGGCACUGUAUGUGGUGUGGAUCAAGGUCUAAAACAGUUACAUUAGGACCUUUAAGGAUUCUAGUUGAAGGGUACAGUGCAGUUAAAGGGGGUAGUGUUAGUAGUAGUGGUGGUAGUGGGGGUGGUGAUGUAGUAGAAGGUAAUGGUGAUGUUAGUAGUAAUGUAGUAGAAGGUAAACUGAGUGGUAAGAAGAAUAGUUUAUUGUUGCCGGUUGAGGCGGUGGGAUUAGUUCAGGAAUUGUCUAAGAAUGAGAUGGAGUUGUUACAAAGAUUGUUUCCAUUGGCUUAUGAGAAGAAACCUAAUGAGAACUUUCUCUUGCCGGUUUUCUUCUUGGAAAUUCUAGCAGUGACUCCAAUUGGGUUUCGGCCGAUAGAUAUAACUAUGUCUGGAACAAAAACACAUGCUAAACGAACUGUUUUGUACCAGAAGAUUGUUGGUUUAUGUCAGCAGAUCUUUUGUGCUGAAUAUACUACUGAGACUAGUCAGAUAACUAGUAGUUACUUGGCCUUACAAGAUGCUGUAGGAAUGUUGUACAAUGAACCGGUAAAAGGACAUCAGUCAGUUAAAGAAGUGAUUGAGAAGAAAGAAGGAUUGUUCCGGAAACAUAUUAUGGGGAAACGAGUUAACUAUACGGCUAGAUCGGUUAUUUCACCAGAUCCGGCCUUAGGUGUAGAUGAGAUUGGAGUGCCGGAAGUCUUUGCCCAGAAAUUGACUUUCCCAGAACCAGUUUCGGCUUUGAACGCUCAGGCUUUAAAAGCUGCUAUUGAGAAUGGCCCUGUUUAUCCUGGAGCUGAAUAUGUUGAAGAUGCAUCCGGUCGUUUAACUAGUUUAAGAUACUUAAGUGAAGCCCAACGCUCUCAUUUAGCCCGGCAAAUUCUGGCUCAUGUAGGUCCUUCUUCCCAUGCUGUAGCUAGUUUAAUGGACGAGUCCUUAACAGUAGAGCCAGAAGCACCUACUAAACGGGUUUGGCGACACAUGCGUACGGGUGAUUAUGUCCUGGUUAACCGACAGCCUUCUUUGCAUAAGGUUAGUAUGAUGGGUCAUCGAGUUAAAGUCUUGCCUAGUUCAAAGACUUUAAGAUUGCAUUAUGUUAACUGUAAUUCUUAUAAUGCUGAUUUUGAUGGUGAUGAAAUGAACGUCCAUUUUCCUCAGGAUAUAGUGGCCCAAGUUGAGGCGGCGGAAAUUUGUUCGACUAAUCAGUGUUAUGCCUCUGCUACUAAUGGGAAUCCAGUGCGUGGUCAUGUGCAGGAUCAUGUGGUUAUGGGUAGUUUAGUCUCACAAUCGGGUGUAUUUAUUGAUCCGGAAGAGUUUGGGCAGUUAGUAGUGGCGGCUCUCAGUAGUAAACAGAGUGCUGGUCUUUCUCUGCCGACUCCGACUAUUCUGCGGCCUAGACCUCUUUUCACGGGUGCCCAAGCUAUUUCUACGGUAGUGCAGAAUUUAGGAACUAGACCGACCUUUACGGGCCAAUCGCGUUUAGGCGAUGAAGUACGGUUUAAGGAAGGAGAACUCUUAACUGGAUCCCUGGAUAAAUCACAAAUUGGCACAACGGCUUAUGGUCUAGUGCAUAGUGUAGCUGAAACUUAUGGUGGGCAAAUGGCUAACCGUCUUCUUACGGCCUUAGGCCAGUUGUUUAAUCGAGCUCUGAUUAGUAUGGGCUUCUCCUGUACUAUGGAUGACUUAAUGGUAGCUGAAACGGCUGAGAAAGAGCGAGAAGAAGCCGUUCUCUGUGGUGGAGUUAAAGGAGCAGCUGAAGCUGAAGCCUUCUACCAAACUCGGCCUAAUUAUGUUCUAGAUACGUACAUGGCCGUUACACAGGGAGAAGUACCCGAUGUUAAACGUCUACUUGAUUCGGCCGUAGGUGAAGUUGCCAGUGGAACGGCCUCAGUUGCCUUAGAAGCAGUCAGUUCAGGACUGGUGCGUAGUAGUUUGCGCAACCGGAUGUACUUGAUGGUUGCUUCUGGGGCUAAAGGAAGUUUAGUUAACUUAGGUCAAAUCAUCUCUAUGCUGGGCCAACAGGAACUAGAAGGUAUGCGGGUGCCUAUUAUGUGCACAGGUCGGACUUUGCCUACGUUUAUGCCCAAUGAAACGGCUAUGCGCUCAGCUGGAUUUAUUAGUCAGCGGUUCUUAACUGGUGUGCAUCCGGAAGAGUUCUACUUCCAUUGUAUGGCCGGUCGUGAAGGUUUAAUUGAUACGGCUGUGAAGACUAGUCGAUCAGGAUACUUGCAACGGUGCUUGAUUAAACAUUUAGAGGGAGUAGUAGUAGCUGUAGAUGGUUCAGUAUGUGAUUCGGAUGGAUCGGUUCUGCAAAUGGUCUAUGGUGAUGACGGCACACAUCCCGAACGAACUGCCUACCUGGAUAAAGUAGUUAAUGGUGAUUUCUCUUCUUUACCAGCCGCAAGUAGUAAGCCUGGUGUAGUUAGUGAUGCCAUCCAAUUAUUUGAGAAUGAGAACGUAUCUAAUUCUCAGAAAUCAGAUGGACUUGAUUUGUACAAUCUCCGCACUAAACCCAGUCUACUACCCCCGCGCUAUCUCAGUUCUACUCAAGAACGACCUUCUAUGGAUACUUGGCUUAAGUACGUAGUACGAGGGGCUGAACCGGGUGAACCCGUUGGUAUUUUAGCUGCCCAGAGUGUAGGAGAACCUUCCACGCAAAUGACCUUGAAUACUUUCCAUCUAGCCGGAGUAGGAGGGAAGAACGUUACCUUAGGUAUGCCCCGACUAAGUGAAAUUGUAAUGACUGCCUCCCGAGUGAUCAAAACUCCUAUUAUUACAGCUAGUCCACUUAGUACUCUGGAUCCCGAAGUAAUCAAGGAAUUACAACGCGGAGGUCGCAAACGAAUAGUCGAUGUGAUUGAGUCCAUUCGAGUGGUGACUGAAGAUGAACUGGGUGAUAUGCCACAACGAAUAGUUAAGGUCAGAAUUGAGCCUAGACCAGGGUAUGAACAGUCCGUACUAGGCGGUUUAGCCGAUGGAUUCUUCCAACGCUUUGCUCGGGAGAUGAAGGCAGUCGCUAAAACUCUAGCGGACCAGGCCAUUGAAGAGAUCAAUACCCCCACUACUCCAACCACUACACCUUCAACAGAGACUAAAUCAGCUGCUACUAGUGGUGGUACUGAUAGUGAAAGUGAAAGUGAUGGCGAAGAAUCCUCUUCUCAAAGUAGUAGUUCAGAUAUUAGUGAGAGUGAAGCCAGUGCUACACCUACUCAGGCCCCAGAAGAAGAAAGUCAAGACAAGAUCGAAGAAGACUUGUUAGCCGACGAGUCUCCAACUCCUUCUUUACAGUACAAUGAUAUUGGCCAGAAUAUUCGGCACCAAGAUCCUACUGACGGUCCCUUGAUUGCUCAAUCAGAGGAUGGUAAGUUUAUUGAUAUGAUUCUUACGGCCCCAAUUAUCUACCAAACUUUAUAUCUCCCCCGCAUUGAAGCUAUUCUUAAGAAGAUGUUUAUUCAAAGCCGAACGUUCUAUGAGUCAUGUACUUACAGUAACUCACAAUUUAUCUUUGAAGGUUGUUCUUUACGCUCUCUUUUAGAAGCAGCUGCUCGUCCUGAGAUUGCUGAAGUUAUUGAUAUACGUACGGCUCGUUCUAACAGUAUUUGGGAAGUACUUGAAACUCUUGGGGUGGAAGCGGCCCGUGUAGCUAUUAUUCGUGAAAUUGAAGCUGUCUUCUCGGUUUAUGGUAUUACAAUAGACAAACGGCACUUAUCAGUUAUUGCUGACUAUAUGACUUACUCCGGUACUAUUGUUUCCUUUAACCGAGUUGCCUUCCAAAGCAAAGGCUCACUCUUCCAGAAGAUUUCCUAUGAAACCGCCUACACCUUUAUUAAGACGGCCUCUAUCUUCUCAGAAGAGGAUCCUCUCAUGAAUCCUUCCUCGUGCAUUGCUAUUGGCAAGCCCGUUGAAAUAGGCACUAACCAAUCCGGUCUAGGCUAUGCUAUAUAA